AUGGAGGAAGAUGUCAAGAAUGACUUACCAAGUUCUCCGACUUCAUCUGAAGAAGAAAUACCAAUUCCGCAUCCUCAAAAUUCAUCUUUAGAUAUAACAACAAGGUCUCCAACAACACUAUCAUCAUAUUCGAUGUCGUAUCCAGAAACUAAAGAAUUAAACAAGGUAAUAUUACCGUAUCCAUUACGGCUGGAUUCAAACUAUAUCUAUCGAAUCGGACUAAAACCUAAUGAAUUUAUUCAUUAUUGUCAAUCUGAUCAAAUAGAGUCAAUGUUUGAUGAUCCGAUGGAUCUUAUCGACGAUUUUAUACAAGAUCGUUUGAGAAAAGGUUUGGAUAUAGGCGUUCAUCAAGAAUGUUUGAAUCAUUUGAAUUAUGUCAAACAAAUCUACGAUGAUAAUGAAUCAUUAUUAUAUUAUGUUUAUGAAUAUAUUGAAGUACAAAUUAUGAAGCUGAUCAAUGUUCCUGGUUUUGAAUCGGUACCUGAUAAUCAAUGGUCUACAAUUUUAUAUCCUACAGUUGACACGUCAACAUUAGCAUCAAUUGAUUAUCCCUUAAAUGUUUAUAUAAAUCGGUCUGCUUUUAAGCGGCACACAAAUAAAAAUGUGAACGUGUUCGAUUUAUUAGCAUCGAUGCAAACAGAGGAUGUUCGUAGCAUCCGUUGGUAUCAUGGUACAGAUAUUGAUUCACUUAAAAAAAUUUGUCAGUAUGGUAUAAGUUUAUACUCGUCUCACCGUUUUGAAACUGAUUUUGGCGCCGGAUUCUACGUAACAGAUAAUUUUGAAGACGCUGUACAUAUUGCAGCUUCAAAAGGAGCUCGUAAUAAAGUAUUAGCGGGCAUUAUUUGUUUUCAACUUACUGAAUCUGAACUUAGUCAAUUGAAUAUUCGAGAUUUGCAUGAUACAAUCGACAAUUCUGGUGAUCCAUUGUCAUGGUCGAAUUUUGUUAAGUUAUGUCGAAGUCGCUACAAUGAAUAUCCACAUAAAUUUCGUUGUGACGCUUUACGUGGUCCAGUGUGCAACAAUGCUGAAAAGGUUCGUUUAUAUGAGAAUGAACGACCACGGGCAAAGAUUAUCAACAAUAGAAAAAUUACUCAAAUAUGCAUUAAAAGUACGCUUCUCUCAUCAAAAUUAGAAGCUGCAAUUUUUGGAUUAUACAUUUUUAAUGUUGAACCAUAA